CCAAAAGCGCGCCCCACGGGGCGGUUAGUCCCAGCUCCCGCCGCCGCCACGCAGGGAUCGCCACCGACCCUAGCGAAGAAUUUGUGGAUGCGCUAGGCAUCAUCGACAGCACUGUGGGCAUGGAGCGUGAUUUCGGGUGCAACCCCUACAACCCCAGCUACCGCAACCUGGGGGGCGAGGAGGAGGAGGAGGAGGAACAGUAUGAUGCGAAGCCAACGUUGAGCUCAUUGAUUCUAACGGGAGGAGAGGAGGAUACGCGGUCCGAACCUGAGCGCGAAGCGGCGGCGGCGGCGGCGGCCGACGGCGUUAACGCGGGAGAGCCGAGCUCCUCGAACGACGAAAAUCAGGAGGGCGGCGUUGGGGGCGACUUGGAGCCCCCGCAGCAGCAGGAGGAGCCGGCCCCCCUGGCCGUGCAGGGGCCACUGAUCGCGGAGAGGAAGCAGCGCCGCUACCGCACCGCAUUCACCCAGCUGCAGCUGCAGGAGCUGGAGGGCGUUUUCCGUCGCACUCAGUACCCCGACGUGUUCGCAAGAGAAGAGAUUGCCAGACGUCUGAAUUUGACUGAAGCCAGAGUGCAGGUCUGGUUUCAGAACAGAAGGGCCAAGUGGAGAAGACACCAGAGGGCCCUGAUGUUUAGAAAUCUGGCCCCCAUUGCCUUCGGGCCUCCUGUGGGAGUGAUCUUUGAUGGGCCUUAUCGUGCAACCCCCAUUCUAGAGGCCGGGUGGAGAUGGGUUCCUCUGGUGCCUCGGGUGUUCAUGCCUCCUGGGCCACCCCUGCCACCUGUGUUCCGUGGGCCACCUCUGCCCCCCGGACCACCCAUGAUGCCUAUGCCACCUCUACCACCGGUACCUCCCUUUGCUCUGGCCCCUGUAGGCAUGGCAUGGGCCCCUGUCAUCAAUGGUCGUUUCGCAGGUCCCAUUUUCUGAAGUAUGGUCUCUAUGACAAUUUUUCCAAAGUAUUUUUUCUGCCAGAUAUAAAUUGUGCAUAGCACAUCAAGUAAUUCUUCAAAUAGCUGUUAAAUGAAUUGAAUAACUGAACAAAAUCAGUGCCUGUUGUUCUUGUAGGGUAUGUUGUAUUUUCAA